AUAUGUGGCGCCCGGAGCCGCUCCAGGAAUCUGCCCUAAAUGUUUUCCAUAUUAGUUCAGAGCCUUCUCUGGUUCCAAAUAGCCUAGCAGCCGAGCAGGGAUAAUACUGAGAGGAACCCUGAGCAGAGAGGGGAAGGGAACGGGGGCGUGGCAGGGAGCAGUGUAGCACACUGACAGACAGCACAACGGUAAGACACUGACAAAGAAACGGGAAAGGAAAGAGAGAGAAAAGAGAAAGAGAAAACAACCUCCCAAGGAGCUGAAGAAUACGCGCUAGUCUCAUCUCAAGGCAGAAGGUGAAGAAUGGGAGAAGGAAAGAAGGGAUCUGGAGGAGGGGAGAAGAGCGGAGGAGCGCCCCCCAUCCAGGAGAAGAAAGGGGGUAGAGCAGAGGAGGGAGGCCCAGCGCCCGAGGAUGCUCACAAGUGCUGUGGCUGUCGCUUCCCCCUGCUCAUUGCCCUGCUGCAGCUGCUGCUGGGGGUGGCCAUCACAGCCGUGGCCUUCCUCAUGGUCACCAUCAGCCCCUCACUCCUGGCCAGGGAGACACCACACUGGGCCGGCAUCAUUUUGUGUGUGGUCUCCUUGCUGGGCUUCCUCCUCUACUGCAUCACCUACGUACCAGAUGAGAGGACCUCCAUGCAAUUCAUCGCCAAACUGCUGUACUUCAUCCUGUGCACAGUGGGCCUGGUCCUCUCUGUCCUGGUCAUGGCCUUCUCUGGCCACCAUUAUGCUCAGACCAACGGCUUCAGGUGCCUGGAGGUGGGAGACGACUGCGUGUGCACCCUGGACCCCCACGACCCAAUCGCCAGGACCUUCACCUACGCGGGAGUCAGCGACUGCGGAGAGGUCACAGGCACCCUGAAGUUAUACUUCCUGCUUCAGAUUGCCCUGAACCUGACCCAGGCCCUGGUGUGUGCACUGGGGGCCUUCGUCAUGUGGAAGCACCGCUACCAGGUGUUCUUUGUGGGGCUACAGAUGGGCUCACCCUCCUUCCAGCACUGGCAGAAGGUCUGAUGGGAAAUUUAGAAAAAAAGAUGCCCAUGAUGAUGCUGAUACCACUAUUGAUGGUAGAGUAAGGUGGAGAGCAGCCAAUCAACAUUUCGGCUCAUUUUACUUGAAUGGACAGAGAUGUAUUACACAAAACACUUUGGUGUGUGCAUAAGUGUGUGUGUGUUUUGGUUGUUCUCGAUCAUAUUUACAUUUUGGGGUGGUUGACUUCUUCUAUAAUGGCUUUUCGCACAACUUUUAUAUACUGUGUGGAGAACUUUAUUCGCAGUUGCCAAUGCUACAUGAGAUACUGUAUUUCUAAUAGAUGAAGAAAAUAUUCAAAACUAUGAAACUGUCAGUUUUUGAAUGAUCUACCAUGAUGUUCAAUGUAUUUUUGUCAGGGUUUUCAAAAAUAAUUCAGCAGAAAUCUUUAUUAUGCCUUUACAAUUGAAUGUAUACAAUCUAUAAUAGUGUUGAUUGUGUUACAAUUAAAGCAAACUCAAGACACUUUUCUCAUACUGUGGUCGUAAAAACGAUUCUUGCUGUGCAAGUAUUCAACUCUAUAAUCUUCUAUCAUACUGCUGUUUAGGACUGUGGGGAAUGCUAUUGUUUUCAACCCCAAUCGGCCUUCAACUUGAGAUACUCAAUGAGAGUGGGCAGCACUGAGCUAGCCUGCAACAUCACUUCCGGGAGUAGCUCAAACUGAGCAUGUUAUCAAAAGACAGCGCAGUAUGAAGAUAUGCAAAAACUGCUUCUCCAAUAAAAAUCCCCUUUUACAUUGUAGGCGAUGUCAUGGCGAAGUUCAUGUACAGAAAGACGUCAUCGGGUCUAACGGUUGUCUCGGGCCGAACUGCGCAUUUGCAGCCCGUCAAUUCAAAAGGGACUCCUUCGAUAUCAAGUUGCUUUUGACAAAAACGUGUCACUUUCACAGGGUUGGAGUAAUAACAUGUUCAACUACUUAAGACAUUGGCUCGAAUCUAGGUUGUGGAUUUAGAUUGAGAAAAUUACUAAUUAAGUAUGUAUUUCACUUCUCUCAUCGACUUCUCAAACCCCGGACAGGUCUGCUUGGUCUGUUUCGCAAGCGUUCCCGGAAGUCACGCGAAAUUGCGCCUCUGGGAUUAGGAACUGCGAUGUUAUGUUUUGAGAAUCCCCCCCAAGUGAUUCCAUUUUAGCUAAAACAGAUUUCCCGAGCUUCAAAUGCACUGUUGAGUCUUCACAUAGGAAUAAAUGGUGUGACGUCAUCAAUGGCUUUGUACAUUCAUAUACAGUCAAUGGUUCAACUGCAUCGGUAGAGGGUGAGGAGCAGGGUGGAACAUAAGUGAGGGAAUUAUGCUCUCUUUUUGCAAUUGCAUAUUUAGCACUUGACUUUGAUUAUGAUGGACUAUCACACAAACAGUGGUACAUAUUUUGUAAUAGCCUAGAAUUACACAAAAUACAGUAUUUUUGGGCAAAAGAGGCUACUAAUUUUAUCUUUCCUUUCAGCCAAUAGAUGCGUCUGUAGCAUUUGGGGCUGUUGACAUAAUACCAUCAUUGUAUGAAUCAGGGAAAACCCCUUACUGAAUACAGCAGUACAGCCUGGUGUGUUAUUGCAUUUACUAACCACUCAGAGUGGAGACAUACUGGUGCUGCGAGGAGGCAUGUGGAGGCUAUCAACAAUACCAGUGGCGUCCAGUCAUGACUCAAGCAGCCAGGCAAAACCAAAACUGCUGCAACCGCAGGGGGAGGGCUGGGCUGGGGAGGGGUAGGUAAAGGGGUACUCAGACAGACAACUGAACUGUGCCACCCCAAGAGGGAAACUAAGUUUAUAUGGCUCAUUUAGCUGGAUAGUGUCCUUCCAAUAGUGAAGACGUUAAAUCAGUUGUCCAAAGGUUUGGUGUAUGUUGUCUUAUGCUAAAUGAACUUAGGUGGAUUGUAGAUCACAUUUUAGGUGCUGGUAGUGGACAGCAUUUACCUAUGACACAUCUAGAAACUAGAGCAGCAUGAAAAACAGAAGCAGAAAAUAUGAGGAGAAUUUGAGCUAAUGAGUGGUGGUGGUAACAUGGUAAUUACUGUGCAUUAGAGAUACUAUAGUCGAGUCUUUGUACAUAAUACACGAAGAUAAGUGUUUGAGAAUAGCAAAAUCUGUGUUUUAUCUUCAAUAGACACCUUAUUACUGGUGCUUGAGCAUUUCGUGUCAUUUACAUGUACAUUAGAGAAAGAACUACUGCCGAUGUCCGUGUACAUUUUCUACGCCUUUUAGCAUGGUCUCACUUUUACUUUGAAUAAAUGGUGUUGACUUUUAAGUCCUUAAA